AUGUGUCCGACACUUCAAUAUGAUUCUUGUGAGCAAGCUAAUGCUGUUGGAGGCUUUCCAGGCCAACCACAAAGAAAUUAUGAUCCCUAUUCUAAUACAUACAAUCCAGGAUGGAGGGAUCAUCCAAAUCUCAGCUACAAGCCACGUCCACAAUUUUCACAGUUUCAGCCUAGACAACCCAUUCAACAACAACCUUCAUCUUCACAACAACCAUCUUCUAAUUCAAGUAUGUCAUUGGAAGAUAUUGUUAAGUCACUUGCAACCAAUACACACCAAUUCCAGCAAGAAACAAAAACAAGUAUUCAACAUUUAGAAAGUCAGAUAAGUCAGUUAGCGUCUACCAUGAGUCGAUUGGAAUCUCAAGGUAAGUUACCUUCACAAACUGUUGUAAACCCAAAGAAAAAUGCAAGUGCAAUUACCUUGAGAAGUGGAAAAGAGUUGCCAAAACCUACUCAAGUGAGAAGCAAACACAACCGAGAUGAAGAAAAUGAAAAAGAAGUUCACCCACCCGAAAAUGAUCAAAAUAUUGUCAAAGAAAGUCCAGAGACUUUGGUGGAAGAACAAAAAGAAAUACUUGAAACAUUUCAAAAGGUUGAGGUAAAUAUUCCUUUACUUGAUGCGAUUAAACAAAUUCCUCGAUAUGCUAAAUUUCUCAAGGAGUUGUGCACCAAUAAAAGAAAGUUGAAAGGCAAUGAAAUGGUAAGCAUGGGAGAAAAUGUUUCAGCUGUUUUACAAAAAAAGUUGCCUCCUAAAUGCAAAGAUCCAGGUAUGUUCACUAUCCCUUGCAAAAUUGGAAAUGUUAAUGUUGAAAGAGCAAUGUUAGAUCUAGGAGCUUCAAUCAAUGUGAUGCCUUUAUCUAUUUACUCAUCUUUGAAUGUUGGUUCUUUAAAAGAAAUUGGUGUCAUUGUUCAACUUGCUGAUAGAUCUAAUGUUUAUCCUGUCGGGGUUCUAGAGGAUGUUUUAGUACAAGUUGAUGGAUUGAUUUUUCCUGCUGAUUUUUAUGUGUUAGAUAUGGAAGAAGACAAUUCACCCAAUUCUUCAUUGAUAUUAUUAGGAAGGCCAUUUUUGAAAACAUCUCAAACUAAAAUUGAUGUGCACGAUGGUACACUCACAAUGGAAUUUGAUGGUGCACUCAUUAAGUUUAACAUUUAUAAUGCCAUGAAAUAUCCUGAUGAUGUGUCAUCUGUUUCUCUAAUAGAUGUUGUUGACCCUCUCGUGCAGAAAAUUUCUUAUUUGACUGAUAAUGAUGCCUUAGAGGUUGCACUAAACAUGAAUUUUACACCAGAUGGAUUAAAGGAAAUCAUGAAUCACUUUUCUUUGAAUUUUGAGUUGCAGGAUAUUGUUCAUGAGUUGGAGUCACUAAAGCCAAUUAAAUGUAAUGUUCAUUAUAUUGAAUUGCCUACAUCUAGCACAAAACUCCUGCCUUCUAUUAUACAGGCCCCAAAGAUAGAACUGAAACCAUUGCCAGAUCAUCUAAAAUAUGCAUUCUUAGGGGAUGGAGAGACUCUUCCCGUGCUAAUUUCUAACAAAUUGUCUACACUAGAAGAAGAAAAGUUGGUCCGAGUGCGUAGAGAAUAUAAGAAGGCUAUAGGUUGGACUAUAACCGACAUUAAGGGAUUGAGCUUGUAA